AUGGAGGCGAGGGACUGCCCGGCCUUCCCCCCGGGCCGCCGGGCCGAGCCCCCCCCGGGGCCACCGCGGACCCCCGGCCCCUUCGUGGCCGGGCUGCCGGGACCCCCCCGGCACCCGCCGCCGCUCAGCCCCCACUGCCCGCCGGACAAGGCAGAGCCCCGGUACCUGGGGGCCGCCGGCCCGGGCCCCCUCGCCGUGGCCGUCAGUGGGAAGCCCUUCUACCCGGCCGGGGCUGCAGGUGGUGAGAAGGGAUGCAAAGGUGAGUACCAGGCGGUGCCCGCAUCCUGCCGGGCCCCCAGCAAAGCCCCGGGACAGCUGGGCUGCGUGCAGGCAGCACCCCUGGGCAGCCUGCGGGAGCACCCGGCUCCCCCGCUGCCCGAGUCCCUGCCGCUGGGCAGGAGCAAGAGCAAGAAGCGGAGGAACAGGACGACCUUCAGCACCUUCCAGCUGGAGGAGCUGGAGAAGGUUUUCCAGAAGACGCACUACCCCGACGUCUACGCCCGCGAGCAGCUAGCGCUGCGGACGGACCUGACCGAGGCCAGGGUGCAGGUCUGGUUCCAGAACCGACGGGCCAAGUGGCGGAAACGGGAACGCUACGGGAAAAUCCAGGAGGUGAGAAACCCCACAGCUGCCCACACACCCCGCCUCUCCCCCGCCUCACCUGGGGCCUCCUGUGCCUUUUUGCAGCUGCAGAGCAACCUGUGGCCGAGCCCCGGCCCCGGGAGCCCGGCGGGGCCCUGCCUCGUGGCCCCCGAGAGCAUCCCGUCCCCGUGCGUGUCUCCGUACCCCCACGCUCACAGCAACGUGGCCGGCUUCGUGGGCAUCCCCGCCUCCCCCGGGCACCCCCCCGGCAUCAGCAGCCUCUACUCCCUGCACGGCCUCCCCCCGGCCCUCGGCGGCCGCCCCUUCGAGCCCCCUCCGGAGAACGAGUACAAAGCGCCCGCGCUGCUGGCGCUGCGGAUGAAGGGCAAGGAGCCGGGCAGCCUGCUGGGCUGGACCACGUAA